CCCAGGUUCAAUUUCAGAAGCUUCAGCAACUGCGCCUUACACAGUACCACGGAGGGUCCUUACCCAAUGUGAGCCAGCUGCGGAGCAGUGCCUCGGAGUUUCAGGAGUUAAUAGAUUUGGAUUGUGAAAAUAGAUUAGAAUUCUUCAACUAAAUUAGCCCAGACAUUUUAUCAGCCCACUCAGGAGAAAUAGGAGUAAUUCCCAAGUCCAAUAUGACAAAAUCCCCGUCGUUCCACCCAGUGGACAGCGUGCGAGGAACCCGCCACCACGGGCUGGUGGAGAGGCCGUCCCGGACGCGCUUCCACCCCCUCCACCGACGGUCUGGGGACAAGCCAGGACGACAGUUUGAUGGUGGUACUUUUGGAGCUAAUUACGCCUCACAGCCUCUGGAUGAGAGUUGGCCAAGGCAGCAGCCUGCUUGGAAGGAAGAGAAGCACCCUGGGUUCAGGCUAACAUCUGCACUUAACAGGACCAAUUCUGAUUCUGCUCUUCACACAAGUGCUCUGAGCACCAAGCCCCAAGACCCCUAUGGAGGAGGGGGCCCGUCGGCCUGGCCUGCCUCAUACAUGGGUUUCUGUGAUGGUGAGAACGAUGUACAUGGGGAAGCCGUGCCUUUCCCUGGCCCACUGAAAGAAGAGAAUCUGGUAAACGUUCCCAAGCCGCUGCCAAAACAGCUGUGGGAGACCAAGGAGAUCCAGUCCCUGUCAGGGCGCCCUCGGUCCUGUGACGUCGGAGGAGGCAGUGCUUUUCCACACAAUGGUCAAAACAUAGGCCUCUCACCCUUUCUGGGAACCCUGAACACUGGGGGGUCAUUGCCAGAUCUCACCAACCUCCACUACUCAGCGCCCCUGCCAGCCUCCCUGGACAGCAGUGACCACCUCUUCGGUAGCAUGAGUGUGGGGAACAGCAUGGGCAACCUCCCUGCUGCCAUGACUCACCUGGGCAUAAGAAGCUCUUCUGGUCUCCAGAGUUCUCGGAGCAACCCCUCCAUCCAGGCCACGCUCAAUAAGACAGCGCUCUCCUCCUCCCUGAACAGCCACCCCCAGGCAUCUGCCCCCAGCGCCUCUGCUCUUCACCCUUCGCUCCGUCUCUUCUCCCUCAGCAACCCAUCCCUUUCCACCACAAACCUGAGCGGCCCCUCUCGGCGUAGGCAGCCCCCUGUCAGCCCUCUCACGCUUUCUCCUGGCCCUGAAGCACAUCAAGGUUUCAGCAGACAGCUCUCUUCAACCAGCCCACUGAACCCGUAUCCUGCCUCGCAGAUGGUGUCCUCAGAUCGAAGCCCGCUCUCCUUCCUGCCCGCAGAAGCUCAAGCGCAGGUGUCCCCUCCGCCCCCGUACCCCACGCCCCAGGACCUCCCCCAGCCUCUGCUGCAGCAGCCCUGCACCCAGGAGCCCCCUGCUCAACAGCCCCAGGCAGCUUCAUCGCUGCCGCAGUCAGACUUCCAGCUCCUCACAGCCCAGGGCUCAUCUUUGACCAGCUUCUUCCCAGAUGUGAGCUUUGACCAGCAGUCCAUGAGGCCAGGCCCAGCCUUUCCUCAGCAGGUGCCCCUGGUGCAGCAGGGCCCCCGAGAACCACAGGACUCCUUUCAUUUGAGACCAAACCUGUAUUCCAAUUGCGGGAAUUUCCCGAGCGCCAUCCUGACAGAAGACUCGAGCACCAGCCUAUUCAAAGACCUCAGCAGUGCUCUGGCCGGCAUGCCUGAGGUCAGCCUGAACGUGGACACUCCGUUUCCAUUGGAAGAAGAGCUCCAAAUUGAACCCCUGAGCCUGGACGGACUCAACAUGUUAAGUGAUUCCAGCAUGGGCCUGCUUGACCCCUCUGUUGAAGAGACCUUCCGAGCUGACCGACUGUGAACAGAAUGGAACGGAACAGGAGAACUUAUUUCUGAAAUAGCUAAAAUAGAAUGGAAUAGCGUGGAGCCAGCUACACCCCUGAGCUUUAGUUAUCUCUGGCUUGUGACAUGGAAGGAACCAAUUCCUUGGCUCCCAGCUUUCAGACAAGGCCCCAUCUCACACACGGUGGCUUAUUCGAGACCACAGAGCUGGGCACCGCCCCUCAGGCCUGCGGCGCAGGUCCCGUUGCUGCAGGCAAGCUGCUCUGGGGCCUCCGAUGAAUCAGCCAUCACCACCACCAUUACAUCUUUUCAUUGGCCAUCUAGUCGGUCGAUGUGUAAAGUAGAAAAUAUGUAACAGGAGGCCCCAGUGGAAUCGUGUCGUGCUCAGAACCACUGAUCUCAGUCAACACUGAAGGAAGGACCCGGAGUUGGGGGCAGUUAGGCCUUUGGGAGUCAGUUUCAGCUUCCAGAAACGGUACCACAGCCCCAGGACGCCUUCUCUGAUCCAGCCGCUGUGCCUCGCAGCACCAGGAUGUAGCAGGGCGGAGCAGAGGGCCAGGGCUCUCUCGGAGCCUCAGUUCUCACAUGAAGAAGAAUUUUUACCACACGUCCAAGAACAGACUUGCGUGAAGCAAACUGAAUGCUAAUUUGUUUUCUCCCAGUUUGUAAUCUCUUUUCUGCUGCUUCAGUACACCUUUUCCUAUGGACGAGAGGAAAGGGAAGACUAUUUUAUUCAGUCACUGAAAUAAGAAAUCCCCUGGUAAUGGAUGAGACUGAAGAGAACAGUGCUCCUUCUUGGUGGCUGGGGAAGAAAGAAGGGGGCUGUAGGUAUCUCACAAACACGUGACAUCCUCCAGACAAGCGCCAGACAAUACAGGCCUCCCUCCCUCCAGACCAGCUGGAGGGAAUGGCUGAGGUCUGACUCCGGCCCACCCGGCAGCCGAGGAGCAGCAGAGGGAGGUGGAUUCUCUGUGGAACGGGAGUGUUAAUGUAACCCUUCUAGACCGUAAGCUCCUUGAGGGCAGGGACUGUGCCUCAGUCAUCGUUGAACCCCUAAUACCUAACAAGUGCCUGGCACGGAGCAGGUGCUGCAGAAGUGUGCGUUGGAUGCACACACGCGUGAGUGAGUGAGUGCGUGCGUGAACGAAUGAAUCUGCCUUGCUGUGGGGCAGUCUAAUCUCCAACUAUCCCUGUUCCUCACCAGAUGUUCUCAGAGUUUCAGCUUUUCUAACACUUGUGCCUGUGGUUCAGUUAAGCAUGCACUUUAAUAUGCUUUUAACACUAGAUGACCAAAUCCACGAGUAGACUGCGCCCUGUUCUCCUCGAGGGUGUGCAGGGAGGUGACAUCUGUCUUUGCAAUGCGUCCAGAAUGGCUGAGCCAACUGAGGCCUCCUACAUGCUGGGACCUCAGAGGUCCUGGCCCCCGCAAAAAUCUUCCCUCUCAGACCCAGGUUUUACUUUCAAUUGCUUUUGUUUUUUUAAUUUUUUUUGAGGGGAGGAGGGAAUUAGGUUUAUCUGUUUUAAGAGGAGGUACUGGGGAGUGAACAGGACCCUGUGCAUGCUAAGCAUGUACUCUACCACUUGAGCUAUACCCUCCCCCUGCUCUCAAUUGCUUUAAAAAGAGAUUCAUUCUCUGAGGUUGAAGAUAUAGUGUAUAAUAAAAUGAAGGCCUAAUUUAUGAAGCCAUCAUUAAGCAUCAGUAUCUUCGCAUAAUAGUAUCACUAUAUUUCCACCACUGCCUGCCUCCUCUGACUUAGUCUAGGCCAUCCCUGACCAGAGACCUGACUGGUGGGUUUGAGGCCCCUCUGGAGGGGUCUGCCCAGUGGGGCCGAAUACAUACUUGGGAGGACAGGAACACUGAAGGAGAGAGAGAUGCCAAAACCUUUGCCCAGACAAAGUGGCUACUGCCCUUCCUGGAGACACCAGGAGUGUCACUAACGGCCACUCCCACCCAAAGAAGCCAGGCUGCACUGUGUGGGUCUGAAUCUGACACGUGUACCUGGUGGCAGGAGGAGCCUGUCACAGAAUCCUGGCUGUUAACCUCUCCAGACCUUGUCCUAUUUCCUUCUGUCUUCAGGGGGAUUCCCUCCUUCCCAUCUUUCAAAUAAUCCCAAUGGUGCAUAUCUUCACUGAGAAACCCAAGUCUUCCCAAUUCUCAUUUGCCCUGAACCCCCACUGUUGAAUUAGGAAGUCAAGCCGGAGCCCUCCUUGCCUGAGCUUAGGCUCAGGAAGGGGCAAUUGGCCUCCCCUUAGAAGCCUUAGUCCCAGUUAAACUUCCAGCUCCCUUUAUAUUUGAGAUCUCAGAGGGCAGUAACUUUUUGUUAAAGUAAAAGGGCCUUUCGUUGUACACAGCACCCUGGUGUGCCGAAAGAAGCCAGAUCCUUGCUGCCUCUCCUGAGUCAAGGGCCCCCAAAAUCUGAUCUGGCCAUUCAGAUAGGGAGGAGUGCUGAUGUUGUAAGUUUUUUUUUUUUUGAAAAAUGGAGGUCCCAGCAUAAUCUGCUCUUUACACAGUGCCUUACCCAUGGAGAUUAUUGCUGUCGGGGUCCCAGCUCUUUCUGUCUGCACAGCAGCCCUGCCUUACAGCUGGAGACCCUGAGACCUACAGGACAAUGUGUACUCCCGCCUUCAUUCGCCAGGUGACUCGUGGAAAUGGAGGCUCCCAGGAAAAGUGGCUUGUUUGGGGGAGUAUAAUGAUGACAGUAAGGUUUAGCACUGAAUUAAAUUUGUCCUUAGGUCCAUCAGUCCGAUCUUUUCCUGUGAAAAGGUUUUGGGCAUUAUACAACCCACUUUGAUUACAGGGUGUCAAGGACACCCGCAGGCAGGUGUCUGCCUGACCUUCGGUGGGUACAUCUGCCCUCACUGCUGCCUUUGUAACAAACCAGGCGUGGUCCUCGGCAUCUGAAGUGGCUGCAGACUUCAGAGUAAACUAUUUUUCAAUAUUUAGUUUUUCACAAGAAAUCGAUGGUUGUACUACUCUCAUUUACCAGCAGUUAAACAGCAUAGAACUAAAACCUUUUUUUCUAUUUUGUUCCUUCUGUAUGGUUGUGGUUUUUAGGACAUAAGCUUUUCUUGUUUAUGUCAAGAUCAACAUGAAUUCUCCUUUGUCCUGUUUCAUUUCUCCUAAGUCUACUGUAUAUUACCUGAGCUGAAAUGUUGUGUAUUCCAGUCCAUUUGCAUAUUUGAAGACAUUUCCAAUUCCGACUCUCAUCGGCUCUUCUGAUCCAUGCACAGAUGGUUCCAAGCGUGUUUCUUCCACUGCUUCAUGAUGGAACCAUCACGGUAACUAAUCAGACUUCCCGCCAGUGUCCUAGUUCCCAAGUCCUUCAUUAAACAAUAUUUAAAGAUUGGAAUUUGUAUAAAGUAGCUUCCAAGUUUUAUAAUGCAUCAUUUUACAUCUUUCCUAAUUAAAGGCAGCACAAUAAGGUUGUAACUGCA